AUGGAGAACAAGUACGACCCAUCUUUCAGCCAACUAAACCGGGAGGCGAAUAGUGGGUUGGAGCAACAAUCCGAGAUAGAGAUAGGUUUUCACCUGGGAAGAAUUUCCAGGAGUCAAGGCAAGCAAAGCAAGCAGCCCAGAGCUCGUAGGCCCGGUUCAACGAAGGUCAUGCUGACCGUCCGGCCGUCGACGACAAAACGACUUGCGACCCAUGGGUCCCAUCAAUGGCCGCGCCGGGAUCUUUUGAACCUUUACCUCGCUAGGGAUCCACGAGAGCUCUGCUUCCCGCUCGCGUGGCUAAACUUUGGUUCUAUUUUCAGUAGCAAUGUGGUCAGAUCACAGUAG